AGAACUUAAUUUGGAGAGGAUUUUUGCAUAAAUCUAUGCCGUAAAAAGUGACUGCGAGAAAAGGGAGAAAAGGCGCCUUGAUCAGGAAACGACGAGAAAGCACUUACAGCAACGACCGUUGAAUAUUUUGCUCUACAAGAAAGGAAGUACUGAGAUACCUUCGUGCUGCUGCUGCUAAAGAGCUCGCUGUUCAUCGGGAGUUGGACCGCCAGCUCGCUGUUGGCACUUUUCAAUUCGGAUUUCUUUUUUUUUUUUCCAAAUCCCAGAUUUCUUAUCCGGACUUUUUUUUAUUAUUACUAUUAUUAUUAUUUUUUAAAUUUUAAUUUUACGUGGGAAGUGUAUUGUACCUGCCCGAUCGCACGUCCUUCUCCUCUCAUUUUGGAUUUGUACUUUCAAAAUCGGAACCUCUCGCAACUUCGAUCCAGGGCUGAGUCGGGACCUGAAACUGCCGAAUAAUCCCGUCCAGGUCCCCACCAUCAUGAGUCAGACCGAGAUCUCGACUUGCUCCGCGCCGCAACGGGUAUUUCAAGAGGCGGUGAAGAAGGGCAACACCAAGGAGCUGCACUCCCUGCUCCAGAACAUGACCAACUGCGAAUUCAACGUCAACUCGUUCGGUCCUGAGGGCCAGACGGCGCUGCACCAGUCCGUCAUCGACGGCAACCUGGAGCUGGUCAAGCUGCUGGUGAAAUUUGGGGCGGACAUUCGACUGGCCAACCGGGAUGGUUGGAGCGCCUUGCACAUCGCCGCUUUCGGGGGCCACCAGGACAUUGUCUUGUACCUGAUCACCAAGGCCAAGUACUCGGCGGGCGCCCGAUGAUGAGAGCCGCUGCGGCCGGACGACACCAAAUCGAGGGCCGCCGCAGUCCUCCGGGUGGCGAAAUAUAAACGCAUUGAAAGUGGCGCUGGCCUGGUACUCGAGCAGCGACGCGGAGGACUGGCGCACCACUGGGGGAUUCAAGAAGAGCGCCUUGAGAGCUGGCCGCCUGGGCGCGGAGGUGACCUUCUCGAGACCUGACCUGUAUAGGUGGCCUUCUCGCGUGGCUUUCUUUUCAUUCCCUCUUUUUUUUUUUUUGCCCUUUAUUUUAUUUUUUGUGUGUAUCGGAAUGUUUCUCAUUACACUGCGCGUCUUGGGGGACAAACUACAGCGGGCGAGCAAAAGGUUCCAAUGUCCUCUUCACCCGCCCCGCACAUUGAGCAGUUGAACAGAAUCAGUAUUUAUUGAACCAGCCAUGGACCCCCUGGGGGGUCUUCUUGGUUUUUUUUUUUUUCUCUUUACGAGGCAUGUUUGAUCUACGAAGGUACAUUAGCGCCAUUAACACUCUGUGGGUGGGAGAAGAUGCAACAGGCUAAAGCGAC